UGAAAAACAUUAUCCACAGAAAUCAUUUGAAAAUAGCCUUCUUUUUUUUAAAUUAUAAAAUUAAAUUUUUUCCAAGAAUAUUAAACAUGCAGUGCCUGAACUGGUCGAUGUAGUAAAUAGGCCUUGGCUGCUCUGUGUUAACGUUUGCUCUGUUUGGCGCCGCGGUCGUCGUUCGUUCCUUUUACUGGUUCGUUACUAGACAAAUGGAAGUGCGUUGUUUGGCUGUUUGCCUCAUCGGGCGCCAUUGUUGUUGAAAAAAUUACGUGAAAAAUUGGUUCGCCUGCAAAAUCUAUAUACACAAGUGUUAAAAGUGUAAACUUUCGAUAAAGCGUGACUUGCUGAUCAAUAAAUUACCGGUUAGUACAUAACUAUACGGAAGAAAUGAGUGGUGUAAUGUUGUGAGGUGCGUUUCCGCUAAGUUUGCUAAGAUGAACUGGGUAUCUACUACGUCUGUAAGAUUUUGAAACUGCCUUAAUCACGUGUGAAAUUAGUGUAUCAUAGUAAUUUGAAAAAGACUUGUUUAUUUUGGUUUGAAUGGAAAGGGAUAAACACAUUCCAAAUUUCAUCGACCUGUGAGCAUUGUCAAGGAUUUAAUUGUGAACUGAACAGUUUUAAAGGGAAAAAACCGGGAAUUAUUGCGAGAAAUUUGUGAAUAGUGGCCAACUUACCACAGCUGUUAAUGAACGCGUUUCAUGAACGAACAUAUUAAUAGGAUUGUGAUCAAGUUACUCUGCUUUUUUUAAUAACAUACAUUUGUUUGUGACAUGAAAGAGUUUUUCAUAAACACUGGAUGAAUGGGAUUGCGUACAGCCUCGGUGAGGCGUUCCCAGGUGGUCAUGGCCCCAGCCUUAACCGAGACAACACAAUCACAAAAUUUUAAACUGGCCCCAAAAAAUCAUUUUCAACUGGCAACCCCAAUAAACAAAUUCGAGGUAAAAAAUACUUUCUGCUUGGAAAAGCAUAAUAAGUAUUACGAUAAGGAGGAGCAAAAUGGUAUCAAGUUUAAUGGUCUAGAGAAUGGAUGUAAAAUAUACAAUAAUUUUGAACCAAAGAAAGCUAUAAAUCGAAGGAAUUCGGAAAUUUUAGAAGAAGCCUCGGAAAAUUGUACCAAACAUACUUUGAAUAUAAUGAAUAACAGCUCACCAUCUAUGGGCGACCAAGAAGAAAAGAUGGGUAUUCAAAAUAUGGAUUUAGAGACUGUUACAAUGUUGCACAAAAAUAAAAAUGUUUCGUCAGAUGUUGAACAGUUCCUACAUAACUUGAGUUCGGAGUUACCUCCUAAUGAUUGUUCUGGCGGUGAAAUUCCAACUAAUGUGGACGACAUUAUGCAAGUUAUAACUUCAAUGGAAGGUGGAAAUGAUAGAUUAGGCUCAGUUGCAACGAGCUUGAACGAUGAAGAUUUUCCUAUUUCUGCAGGAGACUUGGCUCGUGAUUUGGCUUCUAGUUUACUAUCUUUGGAAAAACAAUUGUUGAAUGAUGUCGACAUGAUGAACAUAUCUAUUGAAGACCAACAGGAAUGUGAAACUACAGAAAGUAUUAAAGAAGCACAGUCUAAAGAAUUAAUAGCUGAGGUCCAAAAGAAACAAAUUGAAGUUCAACGACGUCUAGACUUCUUGAAAAGACGUGUUUUGAAGGUACAAUCUCGUAUUAUGGGACAGCAUGUGAGUGGAGAAAUGGCUGGAGUCUUUGAACAUGUGCAACGUUCUCUCAAAAGGUUAAAAGACACUGCCACACAAGAAAAUAUCAAUUCUUUAGAUAUUGCAUCAACACCAAACUCCACUCUCCCUUUGCCUUUAUCUGAAGCACCUUUAGACAAGGUAAUGAAGCCAAUGUCUCAAAGCUCGGCGAAAAUUUUAGUGAGAAAAUUGGAAUCAUCAGCAGUACUACAAGCAAACUCAGCAGCAAGGCAGAAACAUGUACCCAAGUAUUUUGGUUCAGGAUCAAUUGAACCUGCUACAUUUAGGACUAGUGUUUCUGGUAUAGUGGCUAUUCCCCCAUGGACAGCGGAACAUAAACAAGAAUUGCAAAAAGUUUCGGGCACUCUCAAAUCACAUUUACGACUUGUGCAGUCUGAAGUUGACUCAGAAGCAACAGACAGUAGUUCUGGUUGUGAAAGUAGUGAUGAGUUCCAAAAUUAUAAUAAUCAGCAUCAGCAGUAUCUUAGCAUACAAAAGCGGGCCUUGUGGAAGUACUCGACAGAACGGGCGUCGAUCGCCUCGCGAUGGACGUGGCUUCAGGUGCAGAUCUCGGACCUGGAGUACCGCAUCCGACAGCACACAGAGCUCCACCGGCAGAUACGCAAGACGAAGGGACAGGUCGAGCUCGAGGGCCAGGACCCCACGUGUCCUCCCAGUCCGCCCGCGUCUCCAACCGCCCUCAACGGCUACCGGGGACAGCUGCCGGGCGCCUCAUCCUCGAAGACGACGCCCACCCAUCAGGGAGCGGAAGAGGAGACGGCGACCACCACCAACACCUCCACGGAGUAUCAGUGUUCGAGGACUAGGGGACUGUUGAAUUUCCGCAAGCGGAAGUUGCUCCAGACGGGCGGUCUGCACGUCUUCUCGAAGAAGGCGGCGCGACCUAGUACUGUGCGGUGCGGCUGUCCAGUGCCGGUCGUCCAUUGCGCCCUCUGCACGGGACGCACGGAUCCGACGCAUCCGCGCGACCAGCCGGAGGUGCUCAGCACGGCGGAGAAGGUCGCGUUGUUGGACCCGUCCUACCAUCCGGUGUUGUCGAUGAACGAAGAUAUUUCUGAGGGGCUUCAUAUGGAAGCUAUCAUGAAAAUGCCUGAAUGGCAGCAGAGAAGUGUCCGAAUGAAGACUGUGAAAGGUUAUGCUAAAGGAGAAAGACUAGACAAAACAUUAUUGGAUCAUCGUUCUAAAAAGUUGGAACAUCGAAAGAAGCAUGGAAGGUUGUUGAAACCCAGUACAAUAUCUGCAUUAACAGCAGCUAAAAUAAAAAGCAAAAUUCGAGGACGAAAGUCUAGUCGUCACCUCAACCGUCUUGGCAGAAAAAGGCUCCAUUCGAGUAUGAGGUCUUCCAAUGUGCAAUCAUCGAAUGAUGGAUUAGACGAAGAAGUGGAAUCCUUAAGCAACAGCAGUGCCCUACCAAGAUCUGUAUGCGGAUCACCGAGUUCGUCACCUCUACUUCAUAUGCAAUCGAUCAGCGGGUUGAACAAGAAGAACAGGGUCAGCUCAUAUGACAUAGACAAUAUUGUGAUACCAUAUAGUGUGGCCGCUUCGACAAGGGUCGAAAAGUUGGAGUACAAGGAGAUCCUAACCCCAAAGUGGCGAAUCGCAGAUGAUGUUUGCCUCAAAUACGAAUAUAAAAAUAACGGCACCAUCAAGGAAAUUGAAGAAGAGAAUGAUAUCGAAGACCUCAGCGAGGAUGCCGUCCUCAUUCGUCACGACAAGUGCGAGCAAGACGAGCGAAAAAAAUUCCUCAGCUACCUGAAAAUGCCUGUCGGUUACGGUCGUACCAGAUCACACAAACGAACCGACAGUCGGGCGGAGUCGAGCGACACGAAUACCCCCGAUCCGAUGUCGCCGCACCCCGCGGAAAACCACGAAGUCCAUAAGGAGAGCGCCCCGACUGGCGGCUCGCCACUGGGCUCCCCGCCGGCCACGCCCCAGGGCGGGGUCUCGUCGACGCAUGACGAGGCCACGCCUCACAUACCCUCGAUAAGCGUGCUUCGAAGGAGGACGUUCUCUCGGGCGGGUAUCGCAAAGGAUAAGGAUACUGGCAAGGAAGAUAUCCGUUGCAGUACACCUGAUCAUCCAGAGGUGCAACCUUAUGACAGGAGAUGUUUCCCUCUGGAGGAGCAGAUGUACGAGGAGAUGGUCAAGAGUAUGCCGGAGGAUCACCAGCUAUUAAGGACCAACAUCCAAUCCCAGGACACCCACGAAGAAUACGACAGUGUUUCGAAUGGGGGUUAUCUAGAAUCUAAAGUGGGUUCACCAGGUAGCGAGUCAACGGAGUCUGCGCUGGCCGAAGAAGAUCCUAAUGACCCUGAGUGGAUAGAUGUGGAAAGGACACCGAGAGACCGUCACAGAAGAUAGGCCUUCGGUAGUAUGAGUUGAUUUUUUUCUAUUCAUAAUUCAUUUCAAAUUUACCCACCCUUUCUCGUUUUUUUUUUUAAUUUUUCGGGGGUGAAAAUCUACCGAUGAACCAGAGAACUGUUUUAAAUUUGUUAAAAUUCUAAUAUGUUGUUAAAUGUUGAUGAUCUUUCUGGGAAGGGAUCGUCUUUUGGGGUAUGUGAAUCGAAAUAUGCUUUUUCGUAAAAUCAUCAGAAAUACUUAAAGCCUACAAUAUUUCAAGGAGACCUUUGGUACAACUAUCCACUUAAGGGUACCAUGUAAAUCACUCGAAUUGUGCCAUAUUUUUCAGUCAAUUUGGAUGCACAUAUUUCAAGAGACGAUUUGUUGUUUUUGUUGAGUUCUGAAAAUUCUAGCCUUCUUACUUUUUGAGGUGAUUUGAUGAUGUUUAUGGAGUAAAAUACAAAAAAUAACCAAAAAUAGCUUCGAAUUUUGUAUUUCCUUGAAUCUGUGAUUGUGAUUACAUGUAUGUAAAUAAUAAUAAAAUUCAUAUAUCAAUACUGUUGUUGCUUUAUAGUAUUGUUAUAAACAUUUAUCAAACUAUAAGCAAAAUACAGAAUUCCGAGCUUUUGUAGAUUCAUUUCCUCUCAUGUUAUUUAAUCAAAUAGUUCACUUGUCGACCUUUAUCAUUUGUACAGUUGCAUAAGGGUUCGAAGAAAUCUCCCAAUUCGCUCUUGUUUUUUCAAACUUAGCAUAACAUGUGGGUCUUUUUAUACAGGAUCAUUCUCUAAAAUAGACGGACCAAAAUUAAGUGCAGAUUCCUCAACCACAAAAAGUUUGUUCCAUAAACUUUUCUGAUAUCUUGUAAAUAAUAUAAUUUUGUCGUAAUUGACUGAAGACUCUGAUGCUGACAUUUGGUGGUCAGUUUGGGAAUCAUUCUGUAUAAUAAUUUGAAAUGGAUAUUCUUAAAACGACACUCAUAAGUGUAUCUUUGCUAAACUGUGAUUAAAAUUUAAUGAGACUCUCUCAUUGAGUGAUGAUAGAAUACCAAAUGUGGAUAUGUAGAAUUGAAAAUUUGCUUCAUUUUAAGCGAAUAACUGAAGAUUGCUUCAUUCCCUUGUGUUUUGUAUAAUUAUAGUAUUGCAGUAGUAAAAGGGCUCCAUGUGAAAACCUAUAGGAUAUCAGUUCAUUUUCUCAGUGAUUUUUUUAAAAUAAUGUAAAUACCUUUGUUCAAAAUUAGAGUGUACAAAAUUUAUUAUAAAUAGACUGUAUUUGUUCAAACUUCGUAAUAUGAAUAUUAUUUUUGAAUAAAUAGGUUUAUUGAAUUUUUAUUAUUUUGUUUAUAGUACAUAUAGGAAUAUCCAUGGAGGUAAGACAAUUUCAUAAUUAUCUGGUACAUACCCACAUUCUAAGAAUUUCAAAUUUCAUCUACCGAAGUUUUCUAUUUGUAGAGUCAGUAUUUUCAAGAAGUCAGUUUUACUAAUUGCGAACUUCAUGAAAAGUUUACGACAUUGAAAUGUUUCAUCAUCGUAAUUCAUUUGUCGUCUUAAUCGCAUGGAGCCAAUUCCUGUGUUUAUAUAUAUUUUUUCAAUACUUUCUAAUCCAUUUUGGUAUAGAGUUGUUACUGCUGAAAAAUGUAGCCCAGUUAUUUACAUUUGUAUAAAGUCGUUUCAUUAUUUGACUUCAAUAAAAAUUUUUGAAAUUAGGAAGUACUCUUUAUAAGAGUCAACUUUGUAUAUCAUCUAAUGAAAGAAAGGAGAGUAUAUUACAAAGUUUUUAGUUUUUACGUGUCAUUUGUGUUGAAGAUCAUUGUAAAAAUAAAGAGAAUAUAUUUAUUUUCCAGUGACUUGGAUUAGUUACAUUGUAAUGGUACAUAAAUUUUUAUAAGCAAUGUGUUGAAAAUACAGAACACCUUGAAUAGC